AUAUGUCUAUAUUUUCUAUUUAGAAGAUACUUCAAUUAAUUAUCAAUGAUCAUUUCAUCGAUAAAGAACAAUAUAAACUCAUAGAACAUUAGAAGAUUAUACUAAUUUUUUAGACAUCCAUAGAUUUUUAAUGCUUCCGAAAAUAAUAUAUACAAGUAUAUAGAUCAUAAGAGAUUUGAACUAACCAAGUUCAAGUGUGGUUGACUUCAGCCGAUAUUAACUUUGCCGAACUUUCAAAGUUUGGUAGGCCGAAAGUAAUAGUGGGGGAAAGAGUAACCGUGCGAACUGGAGUAUAUAAACCAGCGGGAAUCAACGUUGGACAUCAUCAGUCGCUUAGUCGAUCCAAACAAACCGAGUCUAUUCAACAAUGGCCUUCAAGUUCGUAGCCCUCGCCGCCCUCGUGGCAGCCGCUAAUGCUGGUUUGAUCCCAGCCUCCCCUGUGGCUUAUGCGACGGCUCCAGUAGCUGCAGUGGCUCCAGUAGCUGCAGUGGCUCCAGUAGCUAAAGCUGUAGUAGCUAAAGCCGUUGAUGCCGACUACGAUCCGCAUCCUCAAUAUAGCUAUGCUUACGACGUGCACGACAGUCUAACUGGUGAUGCUAAGAACCAACAGGAGACUCGUGACGGCGAUGUCGUUCAGGGUAGCUACUCUCUUCUCGAAGCUGAUGGCUCCAGACGCACCGUUGACUAUACCGCUGAUCCUGUAAAUGGAUUCAAUGCCGUUGUACGCAAAGAACCCGCUACCGUCGCCGUUAAAGCCGUAGCUGCUGCUCCAGUAGCUCACGUUGCAACCCCAGUCGCCCACGCAGCUCCUCUGGCCUAUGCCGCACCAGUAGCUAAGAUUGCUGCCGCCCCUGUUGCUCACGCUGCUCCUUUCGCCUAUGCUGCAGCACCAGCAUACGCUGCAGCUCCAGCAUACGCCAAGUUAGCAGCUGCCCCAGCUCUUAGCUAUGCCGCAACUCCAACUUACACUAAGUUCGCCGCUGCUCCAGCUGUCACUUACGCCGCCCAUGCCACGCCCAUCGCCUAUGCCGCUCAUCCUGCCUCCCUUGCCAAGUUUGCAGUUACCCCAGCCGUCUCUUACGCUGCACCAACUCUUUACCAUUAAGUCCACACUUGCCUCUACGCACCACGUUGUCGUCGACUAAGGCCGAAUCUUAUUUAUUUUUCUUAGCAGACUACAUGUGACUGAUUAAAUUGAGUUACUA